UCAGGACUUUCCAAUUCUAAGCCAGCUGUGAUCUCCUUAUUGGAACAAGGAAAAGAGCCCUGGAUGGUUGACAGAGAGCUGACAAGAGGCCUUUGUUCAGAUCUGGAAUCCAUGUGUGAGACGAAGUUAUUAUCUCUAAAGAAGAGACACUUCAGUCAAGUAAUAUUUACCCAUGAAGACAUACCCACUUUUAUUCAGCCCACAUUUCUUAUUCCACAUCAAAAAACUAUUCAUGAAGAGAAACCCUGUGAAUGUAAGGUAUGUGGAAAGGCCUUUAAUCAAAAUUCACACUUUAUUCAACAUCUGAGAAUUCAUUCUGCUGAAAAAAACUAUGAAUGUAAGGAGUGUGGGAAAUCCUUUAGUCGUGGCUCACUUGUUACUCGGCAUCAGAGGAUUCACACUGGUGAAAAACCCUAUGAAUGUAAAGAAUGCGGCAAGGCUUUUAGUUGCAGUUCAUAUUUUUCUCAACAUCAGAGAAUUCACACUGGGGAAAAACCGUAUGAAUGUAAGGAAUGUGGAAAAGCCUUUAAUUAUUGUUCAAACUUU